AUGGCAGUAGACGAAGCCCAGAUUAGUGCAAGUGUACAGGCUCGCGCUACAAAAGUGCAAGGGCUGCUGGCGAAGCGUAAACACGAGGAGGCAGUUCUUGUGUCGCUGGAGGACCCACCGCUGCAGUCCAAGAAUAAUACGGUGAAAGACGAAAACGCCAAGGUGGUUAUGGGUGCAUUGCUGGCUUGUAACAAGGGCGAGAUGCAACGUGCUAUUGACUCACUCAGUAUUCCGCUCGAGGAUAAUCUUAUGAAGUAUCUCAUGCGCUUUCUCGGUAUUGCGUUGCAGAGUGCAGUUAUACUCGAGUGGCACCAGAAGCUGGUAGCCAAAGCUGGAUCGGGCUGCGUCAUGCGCGCCUUUACGGAGCGGAAGCAGGUUUGA